AGACUUACACGUAUGGGCAUAAUAAAACUGAUUAGUUAAUUGAUAAGAUUCAAAUCUUAAACUUCCCCCAUGUGCUGCGUCUUUCAAACCUAAGUGUACAUCAUAUGGCCAGCUAAUUAGAUCCUUGUAUAAUUUAUCUGUCAGCUUCUUCAGUCAUCUUCACAGACUAGACCAAGUUAAUCCGUUUCAUAAACAUUAAUCUGUUGUUAAGAGAUUAAUCAUAAACGGCCCAUGGGCUAAUAUGCCACAAGGCCCAAGAAAACAAAAUAAAUAUGAAACAGAAAAAACACUUAAAAGAGCAAAGAUCUGGUCACAACCACAAGACACGGAUCGAUGAAUACAAUAGUAAAGUUUGAAAACUCGACGAAGAAGAUGUCUGCCAAGAUGCGUCACGGCCUCACGACAGCGAUCCUUCUGUUCAUUCUGGUUCCGGUCGGUGAGGCUAUUUGGCUAGACGUGCCUACCACGGGAACUAAGUGCGUGUCUGAAGAAAUACAGAGCAAUAUUGUCGUCUUGGCCGAUUACAUCAUCAUCUCCGAGGAUCAUUCCCUCAAACCCACUAUAUCCGCCAAGGUGACGUCACCAUACGGCAACAAUUUGCACCAUUCGGAAAACGUGACGCAUGGAGAAUUUGCGUUUACAACGAAAGAAUCAGGGAACUACAUAGCCUGCUUUUGGGCAGAUGCAAAGAGUCACGGCAACAAGGACGUUAGCAUCAACGUUGAAUGGAAAACUGGAAUCGCUACUAAGGAUUGGGCCUCUAUUGCUAAGAGAGAGAAGCUCGAGGGAGUGGAGCUGGAGAUUAGGAAACUUGAAGGGGCAGUCGAAGCCAUCCAUGAGAAUCUAAUCUACCUAAGAAACAAAGAAGCAGACAUGAGGACAGUGAGUGAGAAAACGAACUCGCGAGUAGCUUGGUGCAGUAUGAUGUCACUGGGUAUUUGCAUUGUUGUCUCUGGAUUACAAGUAGCCUACUUGAAGCACUACUUUGAGAAGAAGAAACUCAUCUAAGCAUAUUGUCUCAUCCACUUCCUUCUUAAGAGUUUUCUUAUUAAAAGGAACAAAUAUUUUUUUUUUUUUUUGACAGCAGGAACAAAUAUUCAUUUCCUCUCCUUUCUUUCGUGUUUGCAUUUUUGCACUUUAUGUUUGUUCAGGGCUAUAAGGCUAAACAUUAUUUUUUCUAACAUUGAUUUAUUGUUCUAUUACAUUUAAAAUAUUAUAUCAAACACUAUAAAUUUUUAUUUAGUUUAUGAAGGUUCAUGUGUUUACGGUUAAAUUUGCACCAGUUCAAAACCGUUUUAUGAAAACUAAUUUCACGUGGAUUAUGGUAAAAUAUUAUAAGUUUCAUUAAUGUAAAAAUUGUUUUCCUGAAAUGGAAACAUUUAUAAAAAAAAAACCAUCAGUCAAAAGUGGAACAAAUGGGCUUCCACACACGUUUUAUCUUUGUUGUAAUUCAUAAGAUAAAAUGAGUGAUUACAGUAAAGUACAUAAUAUAUGAAGAGAUUAUAAACAAGUAAAGCCCAAAGGCCCAUUAAA